GCCAUUAAUCUGAUCCUUUGAUUCUAUCCGUUGCGUUGAGGACUUGAGAUAGUUGUUUCAAUUUCCAGAGCAACGUAGAAUCCGUGGCCUCCAGACAAUGAACCAGACGAAAAUGGCUGAAUCGGUUACGGUAAGGGUUCCAUUGAAUUCGUCUUUGUCGUCUUUGCUGACUGAGAAGGCAAACCCUGUGGUCCGAUGCAGCCGCCUCUCUGAUUCUUCUUGUGCCCGGUUGAUGAUUCACAACCACAGCAGUUUCAAGCGCAGUGCUGCGCCUGACCGCUUCAUGUUCUACCGUGGAGGGUCCUGGGUUGAUUUUCAGAGCCAAGUGCUUGAGCCUUUGCGAGCUGGGUUCCUGGCGGGAAAGCCUUUACUGGAGGUGAUCAUUGGAGGGUCCAAGUAUGUAUUUGACUUUCUGCGGAUGGUGCAGAUUGAUUUUGGAUCCGGGAGUCAGAGAUCUAUUGCCUGGAUCGAUGAAGAUGGUAAACCGUUCUUUCCCCAUAUCUUUGUUGAUGAGUAUUUUAUGGAUGGAUUGGAGAAUUCAGGAAUUCCCAAAAUUGAGGUUGAAAUUCGGAUUGAUGGGAUUUCGGGCAAGAGAAAGUUAGAUGAUUUAGAUUUAGGUGGUGAUGGGACAAGCAGCGAGGUGGGUUCAUCGGUCAAGAUUAACAAGCAAGAAGAUGAAAGUCAAGUACUUGGUUUCAAGCGGCAGAGGCUUACCUCUUUGGGUUUGGAAACUUCUAAAUGGCCCAAUGCAAAAUUGCUUAGUGAGAAAGAAAACGCGUAUUCAUUCGUGAGUUUCAUAUUUCUCUCCGAGAUGUCCAAAGCUUUUCGGGGAGUCACUAUUUCUUCAAUUCAUCAAUUUGAAUUCUUGGGGCCACUUGAGAAAGACCGUAGCGAAAUUUUUGAGAGGCAUAACAAAAGUAAAGAAGCUACUCGAGGUGUGUCCAAUGCAGUAUAUGCUUGGUAUGCAGCAUCAGCAGAAACAGUGGCGGCCAUUUUAGCUCAUGGAUUUGUAUUGUCUGAGAAAGCUAUGUACCCUGCUUAUGGAAUUGGUAUACAUUUGUCUCCUUUAGGCUUACCUCAACUAAGUGCUAUGCGAGCUGAAGUGGAUAAUAACGGUGAAAAACAUAUUAUACUUUGUCGUGUUAUCUUGGGAAAGAUCGAAAAAGUGACUGCUGGGUCUCAACAGUGUCGCCCUUCCAGUGUGGAGUAUGAUACAGGAGCUGACGAUCCUUUAAAUCCUAAGUGGUAUGUAUUGUGGAGCAGUAACAUGAACAGCCAUAUACUUCCAGAGUAUGUCAUUAGCUUCAAAUCCUCUGCUUAUUUGCCAGGUCAAUUGGGAGCAAAGAAUACGCUUGUCAAUUUAUUGAGGAAGAUGAAUGGUCGUAUUCCUUCCCUCAAACUCAAGGAAAUUAUUACUCUAUAUCGUUCUGCAUUGGCUGGAAAGCUGGCCAAAGAAAUUUUCUUAGGACAGUUGCGGGCCAUCGUUGGUGACGAAUUGCUUAUCUCCAUAUUUCAUGAGAUGCGGUGUUCAGGAUGAGGUUCUUCCAAGAUUUUGUUCCUUUGAGAAGCCGUUUAGAUUGUAGAAUGAAUAGAGCCCAUAUGAUGGAUAAAUCACAUGUGUUAGUUUACUUUUAGGAUAAACAGAGAAAAGGUUAAACUAGAUGUUAGCUUACUAUUAAGAGUAGAGGAAAAUAAAAUAAAUCAGUUAAAGAAUAAGAACACAGAAUAUUUAUUUUAAUAAUGUUUUCUUGCUAAGAUGUGGCAAAUAGCAAUUAUGUUGUAAUUCCAGCGGGAACUGAAAAGUGUUGAUAUUUUGGCCUUGCUUAUUUUGAUUCAGUAUUGCCUUCAAAUAUUCCCU